AUGCCUUUCUCACUUUACGACAUCACCGUCCCGACCUUCAUCAAACACCUCAAAGCCCUCACUAAGAUCAUCGACAAAGCUGUUGCCCAUGUUGGUGAAGGCAAUGAGUCCAAGAUCCUCGAGUUACGCCUCAUAGAGGAUAUGAAAGCCUUUACGUACCAAAUCCAACGCAUGAGCGACGGCGCCAAAGGCGUCGCAACCCGUCUCGGGGGGGCUGAGCCCGUUGUCUGGGAAGACAAUGAGAAGACGAUCCCGGAGGUGCGGGAGCGCAUCCGCAAAACCAUAGCGCUUCUGGAGAGCCUGGAUCCCAAAUCCAUGGACGGGAAGGAGGAGGUGGAAUAUGAUUUGUUUGGGAAAUUCACGCUUACCGGGGCAAAGUAUGUGCUGGAGAUGGCAAUUCCAAAUUUCUUUUUCCACUAUACAACGGCGUAUGCGCUGUUAAGGAAGGAGGGUGUACCUAUUGGCAAGAUGGACUAUAUCGGCAUGGUUUGA